AUGUCCAAUUUCACCUGGAAGGACUUGAUUCAACUUGGUUCUCCCAGUAAGGCAUACGAGUCCCCUUUAUCAUGUAUCGCCCAUAUAGACAUGAAUGCAUUUUUUGCACAGGUUGAACAAAUGCGAUGUGGCUUAAGCAAAGAGGAUCCGGUAGUUUGUGUUCAAUGGAAUUCCAUCAUUGCUGUUUCUUAUGCAGCAAGAAAAUAUGGUAUAUCAAGAAUGGAUACGAUACAAGAAGCAUUAAAAAAAUGUGAUAACCUCAUACCGAUCCAUACAGCCGUUUUCAAAAAGGGUGAAGAUUUUUGGCAAUAUCAUGACGGAUGGGGAUCUUGGGUGCAAGAUCCUGCAAAGCAAAUAAAUGUGGAGAACCAUAAAGUAUCACUGGAACCUUACAGGAGAGAAAGUCGCAAGGCAUUGAAAAUUUUCAAAAGCGCAUGCGAUUUGGUUGAAAGGGCAAGUAUCGAUGAAGUAUUUCUUGAUUUGGGACGUAUAUGUUUCAAUAUGCUGAUGUUCGAUGACGAGUACGAACUUACAGGCAACUUAAAACUGAAAGAUGCAUUAAGUACCAUCCGUGAGGUUUUUAUAGGAGGCAAUUAUGAUAUAAAUUCUCAUUUACCUCCUAUACCUGAAAAGAUAAAGUCAUUGAAGUUCGAAGGCGAUGUUUUCAAUCCAGAAGGCAGAAACCUGAUUACAGAUUGGGAUGAUGUGAUACUUGCACUAGGAUCUCAGGCAUCCAAAAGUGUCAGGGAUACCAUAAAAGAUAUUCUCGGUUAUACCACUUCAUGCGGUUUGUCUAGCACUAAAAAUGUUUGUAAAUUGGCUUCUAAUUACAAGAAACCUGAUGCCCAAACAGUUGUUAAGAACAACUGUCUAUUAGAUUUUCUAGAUUGUGGAAAGUUCGAAAUUACAUCUUUUUGGACCUUAGGAGGCGUUCUUGGUAAAGAGCUAAUUGACAUAUUGAAUCUUCCAGACAAAAACAGCAUUAAACACAUCAGAGAGACCUGGCCUGACAAUGCUGGCCAGCUCAAGAAAUUUUUAGAUGCUAGAGUUAAUGAAUCUGAUUACGACCGUUCAACAAGCAAUAUCGAUCCUCUGAAAACUGCAGAAUUAGCAGAAAAGUUGUUUAAAUUAAGUAGAGGCCAGUACAGUUUGCCUUUAAGUUCUCGUCCUGUUGUUAAAAGUAUGAUGUCAAACAAAAAUCUGAGAGGCAAAUCGUGCAACUCGAUCUUGGACUGUAUCUCUUGGCUUGAGGUCUUUUGCGCUGAACUUGCUUCUAGGAUUCAGGAUCUGGAACAGGAGUAUAACAAGAUUGUAAUACCAAGAACAGUGUCCAUAUCUUUAAAAACAAAAUCCUAUGAAGUAUAUCGAAAAUCAGGUCCAAUUACAUACAAGGGCAUUAACUUCCAAAGUCACGAGCUUCUAAAAGUAGGCGUAAAAUUUGUCACGGAGCUUGACGCUAAAGGCAAAAACAAAAGUUAUUACCCUUUAACGAAGCUGAGUAUGACGAUCACUAAUUUUGACAUAUUGGAUUUACAAAAAACUGUUGUGGAUAUGUUUGGCAAUCAGGUCCAUACAUUCAAAAGCUCCGCGGAUAAGGAAGAUGAGAGGAAAACCACCAGCUCAAGAGAUGACGAGGAAAUUCCGAAGUUAGAAUGUUCUAAAUGCCAGGUAACUUUUACGGACCAAAAGGCUUUUCAAGAGCACGGGGACUAUCAUCUAGCAUUAAAACUGUCCGAAGGUUUGAAUGGUGUUGAAGAAACAUCCAAAAACCUAUCUUUCGGGGAAAAGAGACUGUUGUUUUCACAAAAAAGAUCAAGCUCACAACAUUCUACCGCGCCUCGGAAGAAACAAGCUACAUCUUCCAAAAACAUCUUAUCAUUUUUUACAAGAGAAAAAUAA